CUGGAGUUCGUAUGGAGGGAGCACAAGCGCCCAACCCGACUUGCAUUGGGCGGCCCACCAUUAAAACAACGGCAUAAGUUCUUCGUAGCCGACCUGGAAAAUAUUCUAUCAUUUACAACAAGCCCCCUUUUACUGAUUAUUGGAUCUUACCAAUAGGUCCACUUGUACAAUGAAUAACCAGUAAAACCGUCGUAGAUAACAACUUGCGCCCGGGCAAAGAGAAUAAAAAGUAUGGAUGGGUCCCCGUGCACAACCAAAUGUUUAUUCAAAGCUCGCCAUCCGCGGAGCAUCAGAACGCAUCACCUCUCUGUCCAUCCCCAACCACACCACCCCUUCCCCUUGGGCAGCCAGAGACUAUGGAUUGAUUCGAUAUGUGCUGCUUAUGGCCUCCUGCUGACUCUCUAUCUCGACACGGCUGCCUGCAUGAGAUUCACUCGGCAAUGAGUCCUUGACUCGUCGAUACGCCAUGGCAUCUCAUCCGGCCAAAGCUGCUGGCCCCGGCCAGCAAACACCGUUGCCCCUCAUCCCUGACGACCUUAAAUCAGCGUCGCAUCACACUCUCACAUCCCCCUCGGAGUGGCGAGGCACGCGAUCUGCCCAGUCCACCCCAAUGCACAGCCGUGAACCCUCCGCCGUUCGUGGACGAGCCGCCGACCCUUCCGCCCUAGCCCCGACCCUCCCAGCUCGCCGAGGCCACUCCGGUUCCAAGAGCCCCGACGUUUCAGCUGGUCACCCUGCAGGUUACGACGUGGGAUUAGAAAGACGACCGUCCAACUCGUAUGGCCACCACCGCCAGACCUCUAUCGUUCAUGGCAUGCAACAUUCGCGCAAUCCGAGCAUGGCCGGUUCGACUGCUUCCACCAGCCCGCUGAGCCCGGAGCUAAUUGCAUCUCUCGGUCGCGGGGGGUUCGACGAGGCAACUUUACCUACAAAGCUGGAUCAGUUGGAUCCUCAAUCGAACUAUCAGAGCCCUGGGAUACCGGCUGGUCAUGGUGUGCCGGGGACACUGAGCACCAUUCGGGAUAAUGAUGCCGACGACACGAUGAAUGGGAGUCCUGCGAGCGUGAUACACAAACGGAUGAACUCGGGGGGAACGAUAGGAAGACGAGAUCGAUCUCAUAGUCGCUCACACUCGAAGCAUCAUUCGGAAUCGAAAACGGUGGGGGAAUAUGCGCUACAUCAUCUUUUCAACUCGUUCGUUGGCAAAGCGGAGAGCAAGAUCAACCAGGCUAUCUUGAAGUUGGGGGAAUCGGAUGCACCCGUGGAGGAGGUAUGCGGACCUGGUGCGGAUCCCAACUUUGAUCAGUUGAUCUCGGCCUUGGGUCAUAUUGCGAGGCAGAAGCCCAAGCCGUUGAUUGAUACUAUUAUGCUGUGGCGGAAGAGUAAAGGCGAUGCCGCUAUCACUGCGAGGCAGAUGACGAAUGAGUUGCCCAAGCCAGUGAUGACAGAAAAUGGAGUGCUCAUGCGUCGAAACACCGAACCGACGCAAGUAUCUGGCGACCCUGCCUCUGCAGAUCGUCCCCAACCACCAACACCUUUCUUGAGUCGUCAUGACGAUGUUGCGCUGGUCGAGCGCCGGGCCACAGUCUCCGUGUAUCUGGUUUGCCGAGUAUUGAUCGAGAUAUUCAAUCAGAGCAGCCUCGCCUCGAUCACUCUAGACAUGGCAGAUCGACUUGAAGACAUCGUCUUCGGCCAGAUCAAGACAGUCGACCCCGAUCAAAUCUCCGCAUCCCCGCUUCGCAUGGCUAACUGGAGGAUCUACGGCCAGCUGCUCGGAAUUAUGAGUGAACUGAACUUCACGAGCGUGGCCAACCGUUUCCUGACCGAGCUCGACAAAUAUCAAAAGGAUGAAGCGUCCCGCGGUCCCACACGCGAUGGUGAUGCGAAAGCCGAGCUACUGAUUCUGGGAAUGAGAAACCUACGCUUACCUACGUCUGCAGAAGGCUGGCCCAAGUCGUGCGAUUUCAUGCGAUCUGUUGCACGCUUGUUCGUCAAUGCCCAUGGGCAAAAGAUCAAGCAAGCCUAUUGCUACGUAAUCGAAAAGCUUCUGCUUCCGGUGGCUGCUAAUCCGAUUGCUGAUCUAUCCUUGCCCCGAUGGAAGGAGUUUUUGGACCUCGUUCAACCGCGUUUGGCGCAAUUACUCACCAAACCUCGGCAUUGGGCUGCCGCCUUCUCCUUGAACGUGUUGCUGCUGUGUAUCUCAAACAAGGAGACGUUCGCUUCCCAGUGGUUGUCGAUGAUUUCGAGUUUGCCAGCACGUCUCAAGGAUCGUCCCACGCGUGCACCGGCUCUGUAUGCCAUUUGCCGUCUCGUGUGGACCUACUUCUUCCGUUACUCUGACUCGCCUACGACAACCCUUCGUAAGGUGGAGGAGGUGGCCAAGAUUGCCCUGCCUACCGGCAAGAGGACUUAUUUAAGCGCAGAGCCGGCCUUUGCAGACCCCCUCAUCCAACUGAUUCGAAUGAUUGGAUUCAAGCAUCCCGACGUUUGUUUCCGGAGUAUCAUUUUCCCUCUGAUCAACUCGGACCUAUUCCUCUCCGGGCGGGAAGUGAAAAUUGAACAGAUGGAGCCGGAGAAAAUGGUUAUUGGUAUCCGUGCCUUUUUGGCCACCAUGACCGAUCUUGAGACGAGUGAUCAGCUGUGCCCCCCCUUCCCGACGGGCUCACUUCCGAACCCUUUCAUGGAUAAUUCUACACCUGCCUACUCCCAUCGCUCUCAGCUGCUCACCGAGCCCAAGGUCGGAGUUGCUGCUCAAAAGCCCGACUCUUCCUCACCGUGCCCUCUCAACAUCGUUAGAUUGAGCGAUAACGUGAAGGAGUACUACCUUCGCUUCUGUGAGGUCCUUGGCAAGAUUACAAUCCUUUGUGACAACACCUUUGGUGGCCAAGCAGUCCUGGACGAAAAAUUUGGUGGCACCACUCCUAAGACUCCCAUCACUGAAGCAUUUGGCUUUGGUAGGCGUGACGAUCAUAUGAGCACAGUGGAUCAGAAACAAGGCUUUUACGACCUGCUUCACGUAGCAGUGCAUGCCUUGCCCCGCUGCCUCUCGGAUCAUAUCCCCUUCAACUCUCUCAUCAACCUUCUUUGCACUGGAACAGCCCAUGUUCAGUCCAACAUUGCCAUAUCUUCGGCGGAAUCGCUCAAGGCGAUCGCCAGACAGUCACAUGCCCAGCAGGUGACCAUUGGGUUUGCUCGAUUUAUCUUCAACUUUGAUGCGCGGUACUCCACCAUGUCCGACGAGGGCAUGCUCGGACCAGGUCAUAUCGAGUCGACUCUCAGGCUGUAUGUAGAGUUGCUCCGCAUCUGGAUCGAUGAGAUCAAGCAGAAGACCAAGGAAGCCUCCUCGGAUCAAUUGGAGAAGUCCAUUUCUGGUAGUCGGGCUCUGCACCUUGAUCUUUCGAGUGUUCUUGCGCAUGUUGAGGAAAUCGAGUCUCACGGACUGUUUUUUUUGUGUUCACAGUCUCGACGAGUUCGCGCCUUUGCAAUCAACGUCUUGCGGCUGAUCACUGAAUUUGACAGCGCCUUGGGCAAGGAGAACACUCGAAUCAUUAGGAUCCUAGAGGCCGAUUCUCAACAGAUCCUCGAUCUGAAUGAUGAGCAGCUCACCGUUGCCGAGCGAAGCCGCAUUCAGAAGGGUAAAAGGCGGAGUGCCUCCCAGAACACCCUUAUCGAGCUCUGCAGCAGUGAGGUCUCCUACGAUUCCACUUUGUGGGCCAAGGUUUUCCCGAACAUCAUUCGGGUCAGCUUCGAGACUUGUCCCUUCGCGGUGACCUUGGGACGAGAGAUUGUGUGUGCACGUCUCGUUCGGAUGCACAAGAUGAUUACUUCAUUGGCGGAACGAACAAGGCAUCCGCAGUACUCCGCUGUGGAUGUUUACCAUAACCGUCCUGUGGGGCGGAGCAACAUGACUGCAGAGAUUUUGGUUGAGCAGUGGAAGUUGUACCUGGUCAUGGCCUGCACGACUGUCACCAGUGUCGGUGCACAGUCUCAAAGUCAGUUAGCGAACGCUCAGCACGCGCGGAAAGCUUCCAAGGGAGCUCAAUCUUCCGAUAAGAUCAGCUCCGCACGAAGUCUGUUUGCAUUUGUCAUUCCCCUUCUCUCUGCCGAGCGAGACUCGAUCCGAAAUGCCAUCGUGGUCGCUCUUGGUGCGAUUCACAAGAACCUCUACCGCACUCUUCUAGAGUCCCUGCAGUAUGCAGUCACAACUUGCAACGAAGAGGCGAAGAUCCGUAUCGGCACACAUCAUCGCACCCCUAGUAGUCCUCUGCGGAACCGAAAUACGGACCGGUUGCGGACCGAAGUCACGCACGUCUACAAACUAACUUCACACUUCUUGCGCGAGCCAGAAGUUUACAAUGACGACUGGAUCGUUAAUAACAUCGUUACCUAUGCUAAGGACCUCCGUAUUUUUCUGAGUGAUGCUGAGGUUCAGAAUGACUGGGAAUUCCAACGCCUACGUUUCCACUACUGUGGCUUGAUGGAGGAGCUUUUCGAGGGCGUCAACCGCACGAAAGACCCUUCUCGAUGGAUGCCCUUUGAGUCUAGAAAGUCUUCCUUCUCGUUGAUGGAGGAUUGGUGUGGCUAUUCGCCUAAUCAAGCCCAAAUCACCGAGAGGGAAGAACAUAUGCGCAAGUACGCCGCGGCCCAGCAACAUGAAGGCGGCGAGAUGAGGAACGCUGCUGCCGCGAUGGAAAUCGAGAAGAAGAAUCUUCGUGCUGCGGCGUUGAGUGCGAUGGCCUCUCUAUGUGCUGGACCAAUUAGCAUUACGACGGAGAGUGGAUCUAUCCUCCAAUUUGAUGUCGGUCGCAUGCUGUCGUGGAUUGAUAUUAUUUUCAACACAGUCAGCGAUAAGUGGCAUUCGAUUGGGCGCCGUGCGCUAAAGAACCUGAUCAUUCACAACAAGGAGCACUCAUAUCUGAUGGAGCGCUCCAUUGAGAUGUGCUAUGUGGCUGAGCGUCCCAAGGCACUCGAGAGUUACUUCGAAGUGUCGACCGAGGUGCUCAUCGAGCAUCCCGAUUACCCACUUGAGUUCUGGAGGAUCCUUGGUGCUGUGCUGGUCACCCUCGGCAGUCAGAAGCGCGAGAUCCGAAUGAAGUCCGCCAAGCUCCUCCGACGACUUGAAGAGCGGCAGCAGAAGAGUUCCCGUCUUCAAGACUUUGACAUCAGCAUCUCAGACAAAACCACGGCGGUGUACAAGUUGGCACAGUUCGAGACAUCGAAGCGACUCGCGAUCCAGCAUUCUGAUCUGGCAUUUACUUUGUUCUCCGAGUUCUCGCUGCAUUUCCGGAAUCUGCGUUCCGAUAGUCAGCGAAAUAUGGUUGCGGCUAUUUUGCCUUGGGUGCAGGCUAUGGAGUUACAGGUUGACCCGAAUGGUGGACCGACAGCUUCGUCGUACAUGCUGCUUGCCAAUCUUUUUGAGAUUACCAUUCGCUGUAGCACUACACUGCCAAACCAGGUACAGGCCAUGUGGCAAGCCCUAGCCACAGGUCCCCACGGCGGCAAUGUCCAACUCGUCCUUGAUUUCAUCAUCAGCCUGUGCUUGGAACGUAAGGAGCAGAAUUUUGUGGAAUAUGCCAAGCAGGUUGUCGUCUUCCUCGCAGCCACCCCCGCUGGGUCCAAGGUCAUUGAAUUCUUCCUUCUGAUGGUCAUUCCCAAGAACAUGGUACAGGAACGCAAAGAACUCACACCGCAACCUCCAGACUUGAAGAGUUUGCCCUAUGUUGCGGACCUGGGCACUGUGCUGCCCGUUGGCAACAAGCAGGCCGGUCUGUCUCUUGGGCAAGUUGCUCUAAUCUUCCUCGUUGACCUGAUGGUUGCCCCAGUGACUCUUGCUCUGGAAGAUGUGAUCAAGCUACUCCACGUCGUGCUCAUUCUUUGGGAUCAUUACACUGUCACUGUGCAGGAGCAGGCUCGAGAGAUGCUGGUUCACCUCAUCCAUGAGCUCGUUGCAGCCAAGCUAGCGGAUGACGCUCCUGCAGAACAUCGUCAAGCGGUUGAGGACUUCGUCGAGUCGAUCCGUCAGAGUGACAGCGCCGUAGUCUGGGAAUACGAGGAGAACCAAGGCAAGGACGAAGAGGCAGAUGAUCGUCGUGUGCCCACGGCUAUGGCAACCGUGACGCGCGAGGUGGUCAAGUUCUUCAGUCUCGAGUAUGAAGGCGUGGGUGAUCUGUGGGCCAAGGAGGCGCUGUAUUGGGCGACUUCCUGCCCCGUGCGGCACCUGGCAUGCCGGUCGUUCCAGGUAUUCCGGUGCAUUUCAACGUCAUUGGAUUCGCGGAUGCUGGCGGACAUGCUGGCUCGACUAUCGAAUACCAUCGCCGACGAGGAGGAGGACUACCAAACCUUCUCGAUGGAGAUCCUGACCACCCUGAAGAUUAUCAUCAGCUCCCUUGCACCAACGGAUCUACUGCAUUACCCGCAGCUGUUCUGGACGACCUGCGCCUGUCUCAAUACGAUUCACGAGAGCGAGUUCAUUGAGAGUCUUGGCAUGUUGGAGAAAAUCCUUGACCGAAUUGACCUUAGCGAUCCUCUUGCUGUGACACAGCUGUUAGAAGGCCAGCCUCCCAAGUGGGAGGGUGGGUUCGACGGUCUUCAGAACUUGGUUUUCAAGGGACUCAAAUCAUCCCAGUCCUUCAGUCGCACCUUGGAUGUUCUUCAUCGUUUGAGUGGACUUCCGAACAACGAGCUUAUCGGAGACGGCACUCGACAGCUGUUCACCAUUCUCGCAAAUCUUCCCUUCUUCCUUGAAAGCUUUGAUCAAGGAUUCACGGAUCAAAAGCCCAUAGUGCAUGCUAGCUUGCUUGCUCGAGUUGCUGAGAAUGAGCACUGUCCACGACUGGCUGCCUCCUUGUUUGGAUUUGCCAACCAGCAGUACAAGACCGAGGGUGUCUUCCUGGACCACAUCAUCACAGAGAUCAAAUCCUACUACUUCCCACAACUCGAUUUCCACUGCUUGAUUUUCCUCAUGGGUUUGCUCACCAACACAACUGAUUGGUUCCGUAUCAAGACAAUGAAGAUUCUUUGUGUCUUGAUUCCGGAGGUAGAUAUGCGCCGGAGCGAGGUGACCUGCCACGGCCCUGACCUCAUUUCUCCAUUGCUGCGUCUGCUUCAGACCAACCUCUGCCCCCAGGCUCUCGGCGUUCUAGACAAUAUCAUGACUGUCUCCGGCAACCCAAUGGAGCGACAUCAUCUCCGUAUGAGUAUGGCAUCGGCCGUUUCAUCUCGGGCCAUUCGCAAAGAAUAUGAGCGUAUUCAGAGUCUCUACGGUAUUCCCGAGGAGACUGGUUGGUCUGUUCCCACGCCUGCGACACAGUCCAGUAUGACCCGCAACAAUGUUCACGCUGUUUUCUACACGUGUGCCGAUGCGGACAACAUGAACGUGGAGGAUACCAUGACGCCUGAUGUCGAGUUCCGGGCGGAUGAGUUCAAGGACUCAUUCUUCCCGAUGAGAGCGGAUACCAUGAAGUCCAUCGAUACGCAGACCGACGGCAACAUGGGUGACAUCGUUCAGAAACUGGAUAGCCUAGACGACUUCUUUGACGAGACAGAGUCUACCGUCCCGUCUCUGAACCCAGUGGCUCCACCGAUGCUGCGUGGAUUUACGGGAAGCUACGUCGAUACAAACGCCCAUCUGUACGACCAGCAGACUGCGCCUAUCCUACGAAAAUCUCUUGCACGAACGGGUUCCACAUCAUCCUUCCACAAUGGUCUCGCCGAGUCUCGCCCAACCAAUUUCCGGUUUGAUGGUCCUGGCAUUCACUCUCCAGUGAACCUGCCGCCUCACAGCUCACACACACUCCGCCCCGCUUCCCACACUCGCUCAGUAACCUCCCCUGCAAACAACCUCUACCUCCACACACAACACCCAAUACCACAUGGUACACCGCCAGUGACCCUCCAUGAAUCGGCAUUUCUCUCAGAUGAGGAGCUUGAAGACGCAUAUUCUGACAUCGAUGACCGCUCCCAUGCCAAACGGGGGCUUCAUCCCCCAACACCCAUGGUGCGCAGCGCAACGGAUGGCUCUCACUCUCUUGAGUCUAUGAUCCGCAGCGGCAUGCGCCGGCUCACCGGUGGUGCAGCCAACAACCGUGAGAAGGAACGUCAGCGUGAUCAUCUCCGCGCUCAACAUCGUGCCAUGGUCCAAACCGCAAACUCACCCCGCGUGCCCAAGGUCCCGGAGGAGUACCUCGCGGGCCCAACUAGUCAUCCCACAUCUCCGAGGUCGUAAUCUACCCAUCGAUAUUUACCACUUUCCCUCCGACGUGCGCAUUUACACUUGUAUCUUUGAUUCUGUCUUUGCUGUGUUCAGCCGGGGGGCAUUUCUGGGGCGUUUGGAUUGAGACCUCACAACAUACAUACCCUUUAUUUUCUCACCUUUUUUUUUUCUCUCUCUCAAUGAUCUUGAAUAAUUUUGUGAAAAGUCUACCACCUUUGCUCUAUGGAGAUUUGUAAAUAACUUGUCGCACAUGGUUGUUCGGUAGAUGAGUCUUGGUUUCAAGGUUUCAUGGGAUUGAAAAAACAUUUACAUUCUUUAAAUCCAUCCUCAUUCAGUU